ACGCUUCGCGCGGUAACGGCCCGUUGCGUCGGUCCGAUGAGUGUUGGAUUUUCGAGCAAUCUGAAUCAUCGUGUUUCCAAAAUAAUUUCGAGUGCGCGUUCUCUCCCUUGAAAAAUUAAUCUCAACGAAUUAUCACACCGUUGAAUAAAAAAACACUCUCGUUCGAAAAUCACUGUGCGAGAUCCGUGUUGCAUCAUAAUUUUUUUAAGAGUGCAAUAAUUUAUUUUUGCUGAGUGCUGUUGAAAUUAUCCGCGAUUAUCUGAUUUUGUGACUAACUGAUUUUGUGACUGCGCGUAUUUUUUUCGUGAUCUACCUGACCAUCAAAUACCGCGUGUAUAACCAAAAAUCAUCGCUGAAUUUCGAAUUUCCAUCCGAACGUUUAUUUAAAAAUCGUAUACUUUCGGGUAACAUCAAUCUCUGAACCAAUCGUCUGAUUUUGCGGUGAAGUGCCUUUCCACCUCUCAUGAACGGAGGAAAUUAAAGAAGAAAAAAUUAGUUCUAGAUAGUAGAAUAUUAGACCUCCGUCCUCUAAGAAGGACUAAAAGUUAGUUUUCAAAAUUUUUGGAUAAACCACAGAGCAAGAUUCUGGCCUACAACUGUUUAUUCCCGCUCUACGCGUUUAUAUCAAGCUUAAUUAGUUUGGAAGUGGACUUUAUUACGCGACGAUAGCUCAACAUGUUUUCAACGCCGGCAAAGUGUCUAUUCCUGAACAGUUUUUGGUUCAUCAACUGAAGUAUCUUAGUAAAAUAACCGACCCAAACAUCAGUUACGACGAUAGAUAUUGAAAUAUCGUUUCAUAAAAAUGUAUAGUAAAGCAUAGAUGAAUGGAGCGAAUCGCUGUGUGAGGCAGGUUGAAGUGCAAACCUCAUUAAAAAAAAAGGCACAAAGUCCAGAGAUCAGAUAGCGUCGUUUCAUAGAGAGAUAGUCAGUUGUUACUGAAUCGUGGACUGAAAAGUGCUCUGCAGUGAUUAAAUUCAAUCCAAUACUGUCGUGCGAUCUUAACCAGUAAACAUAUUCAAUUUAAAGCUCGAAACCAUUCGAAACGUCUGUGAUGUGCUAAAAUACGAAAAUUGUGUUCAAAUUGUGUGUAAUAAUAUAGUUCCACCUUCGCUAGUUUUAACUUUAAAUCGCGGUGUAGUUUCCUAAGUCUAAAAAAAGAUACUUUUAAGGACCGACAAGUUUUAGUGGAAGUUGAACUCCAGUGUUCCUGGGACGAGGAUUUGUGGAUAAAGUGGAUGCACCCCAAAACUGGAUGGACAUCGAGAAUAAAAAAGUCGAACACUGAGAAAACUCCUCUCUUAGGCCAAGCUACCUCUGGCGGUCUCAAAAUGGCGUGCAGUUCCCUGGUCGUGUGUCUCAUUUUCUGGACGGCCCUUCAGUUUGAGACCCAACCCGUCAUCCUGGCCGCCCUGGAAAACGCGAGCAACGGUGUCGUAUACCCAGUGAAAUCCAUACAGGAGUUCAUCAGCUCAUACUCGAAAGACUGGCACGAGUCGGAGCAGAGCAGAAGCCGGCGCUCUAUGCGGCACAUUCCAGUAAUAGAUUCGCACGAGCUGUCGGCGACGAUCUCCUACGCGCAGGGGCUCGUGUCCAAGUCGGAGCGACACGAGACGAGCAUCUCCAACGCCGGCGUCCACGUCCAACAGGGCACCCCCGCCCAGGGACAGUUCGUCGACUCCUUUCCCGAGACGGGCGCCCUCAGCCUCGCCAAAGACGCUCUCAUCGUCGCCAAGGCCUCCCAGUACUUCUCCAAUAAACACUGCCUCAGACUCAAGAUCGGCCCCGAAGAAUGCGCCCGUCAAAUCGCCGAGCUGUCUUUGAGCACGACGCCCUUGGGUCGGAGGUGUUCGGCGCAGUACACCAACCUGUUCUGCUCGGAUCAGUACAAGUACCGCAGCUUCGACGGCUCCUGCAACCACCGGAUGCAUCCCGGAUGGGGUCGCGCCAACACCGCUUACAGACGCCUCAUCGCAGCGGAUUACGAUGACGGCAUUUUUACUCCUCGUGGGUUGACAAGGGGCCAAGAAUUUCCAAGCGCUCGACUUUUGAGUACAUCGCUUUUCUAUGAUGAAGACCGCCCAGACUAUACACGGACUCUUGCUGUUGUCCAUUGGGGCCAAUUCAUUGCCCACGAUUUGGCCUUCACUGGAGUCUCCAAAAUGUUGAACCUGGACAAAACCGUGAGCUGCUGUCAAGAGAGCGGGGCAACCUUGUCUCCACGUCACAUUCACUCCUCAUGCAUCCCGAUCUCAGUGCCCAAAGAUGAUCCUUUCUACUCAAAACACGGCCAAACGUGCAUGAACUACGUCCGCUCUCUGAACUCGAUGCGGGCUGACUGCCACUUCGGACCUGCAGAACAGAUGAACCAGGCGACGCACCUAUUGGACGGAUCCAUGCUGUACGGAACUAGUCAGGAAAAGGCGAAGGCGCUGCGGCAGAUGAGCGGUGGCAAAAUGAAAACGCAGAUCGACAUGGACGGACACGAAUACCUCCCCGUUUUCACCCCCGACAAGAAAAUGGAGCGCUGUCAAAUUUCACGCAACUCUUCCACCUGCUACGAAUCAGGUGACACCAGAGUAAACUCUCAACCUCAGCUUACACUGAUGCACACUCUAUGGCUACGAGAGCACAACCGGCUGGCCGAACAACUGUCCAUUUUGAAUCCCCAUUGGAACGAUGAGACCGUCUAUCAAGAGGCCAGGAGAAUCGUAAUCUCUCAAAUGCAACACAUCACCUACAGUGAAUGGCUCCCCGUUAUCUUAGGACGGAAAUACACGAGCAGGAGAGGUCUGGCUCUUCUUUCUACCGGUUACAGUAAUUUAUACGAUGAGGAUGUCGACCCUUCCAUCAGCAACGCAUUCGGCAAUGCAGCUAUGAACUUCUUAGAUUCAAUGACCGAAGGAGUUGUUGGGCUUUACUCUGAGGACCGAAUCACAAACGCGACAUUCGCCUUGAAGAGUCACUUCUACAAGCCUGCAGUCGUACAACAAGAUGACAACUUUGACCACCUCAUCAGAGGCCUGGCCACGCAGAGUAGCCAAAAGAUGGACCUCAAAUACUCAACUGCUAUGACGCAAUACCUAUUCAGUGACAGCAUGGCCUUUGGCAUGGAUGCCCUGAGCCUGGCUAUCCAGAGAGGUCGGGAUCACGGUCUUCCUGGCUACAAUCAGUAUCGCAAAUUCUGUGGUCUUCCCGAGGCGCACUCAUUCACCGACCUGGAAGAGAAUAUUCCUAAAUCGAUCGUGCAGAAACUGAAGUCGUUGUACAAGAGUGUGGACGACAUCGACCUCCUCGUCGGCGGGAUCGCCGAGAAACCGGCCGACGAGAGUCUGGUCGGACCCACGUUCCGCUGCGUCAUGGGCGAGCAGUUCAUCCGGACCAGGAUCGGCGACCGCUUCUUCUACGACAACCCCAGUCAACCCAACUCAUAUCGGGAGGAGCGCUUGCACCAAAUUAGGAAGGCCUCUCUUGCUCGAAUAUUCUGUGAUAACUCCGAUAACAUUACUAUGAUGCAGAUGAAUGUGUUCCUGAGACCAUCGACGACUGACAACGAUCUAAUGCCGUGCAGUGAGGAGAUCAUCCCGAAAAUAAACCUCGAGGCUUGGCGGGAGCAGCACGUCAAACUCAACCGACACAUGUCGUGAAACACCGCGCAUGCGGACGAGCUUACUGUGAUGCUAGGACAUGAUACAUAUGUCGCUUUAAAAGUUGCCAAUACACCAAAUAAUAAAAACCAAA